UCACAAUUAUCAAUGGACGGGGGAGAGUUUAAUAGAUUAUUACUUACAGAAGGAGUUUAUGUGGGUUGGUAAAUUAAAUACAAUGUCCCCCACGGGUCUAAGUGAGAGUCUCAACUAUUGUUGUUUCUUCUAAAUAUGUUUGGGUAAGGCCCUGCCCCCUUAAAGGGGGUGUAAACCCCAUCACAACGCUGUCCCACUGCGCCCCCUAGACGUUCUUGUAAAACAUAAUUAUAGAAAAUUUUGCAAUGAGUGUUUAACUGCCCCAAAAUCUCAUUACAGAUGCAGGAGAAGUGACCAAUGAGAAUGCUGAUUCCCAGCACUGUGUCAGGCCCCUUGCUGGUACCUUACAUAUAGAGAUAAUGAUGUCAUUUUCCCCUCAUUAUAUGGCACAGGAAUCAGACAUGGGGAUAAAGGGACAGACUUGUUCAGUGCUGGGAAACUGUGCUUAAUGCUCCCAACUCCAAUAAAGUCCAAGAUAAACAUACUGUCCAUCCAAGGAAAAUAUUCCUAUUGGUAUUAUUCCAAUUGCGGCUGUGAAGAAAAUGCAAUAAUCAUGUGACUUCUGAGGGCAAACACUACCAGACUUUAGGUCGUAAGGGCACCCAAGUAAGAUGGCUGGUUCUGCAGGUUCUGAAACCCCCCCCUAGAGGCGGAGACUUCAAUAGGAGCGUCAAGGACAGGCCGACUCUAACCGCCGCCACCAUUCUCUAUUUUCUACGGAAUAUGGAAAUCAGAGGCUGUCAGAUCAACUUCAUUCUGUGCCUUAUCCUCAGGAAGGUUUUUAGCCAGGUGUCCGGGCUGAAUGACGAGACCAUCAACGCUCAUGUAAACCAGCAAGUUACCCUAAACUGCUCCCUUUUAACAGCAGAGGACUGGAAACAGAACAAGGUGCAAGUCAUGUGGUAUAAAAACUUCACAGAGAAGAUAUUGGACUGUAAGGUGGAUAAGGGGAAGACCACCAACUGUCAGAAGCUGUCCAGCUCAUCUACAGCUCAACUCUCCCCCAAAAUCUUUGAUGGAAAUGCUGCACUUGAAUUUUCCAAUGUCCAGGAAUCAGAUGGUGGGACUUACCAGUGCUGGGUGAUCUUCCCUCAGUUCUACAACAAGAGAUACAUUGCACUACAUGUACAGGGUGACGUGAAGGAGACCUCAGCAGUAGGUGCCUCUUCUGGCAUGGAGUUGAAGGACACAUUGGGGACCAGUUCUUCAUGGGACAUUAUGCUGAUGAGUGGAUGGCUUAUUGCUCUUAUAUUGGCUGGAGUCAUCUUCUUGCAGAGACACUUUAUGAGGAAUAAAAGGUUGAGAUACAACGUUCUUAUUUCAUGACAACAAGGACAUAUUUCAUGUGAACAUGCUAUGGUUCUAAGGAGAUACAGUAUGCUACUGAGAUCCUUUGUCUUUAUGGUUACAUUCAGACAGACCGGAUUGGCCACGCCAGAAGGACAACUCCAAUCCAAACCCCCAGAGCUGUUAGAAGAAAACCUGGGUGUAUUAUUGACAUGGUUCUUGAUGAACAUGACUUGGACGAGUUACUUGGACAAAACUUUAAGUUUCAUGUGUGUGUCAUUUUUCAAGUUCCUCUACUAUGUGACUAAAUAGUAGUAUUUUUUUAAGCCAACUCCUCUUAUUUUUUGCAUCUUCCUUAACACAAAACUGUGUCUGUGGGACUCCAGUGUGCUGCUAAUUAAUGGAAGACCCAGUAGGAGACUGCAUUCUUGAACAUGCAUAGGACUUUAAUGACUACAACCUGUUUCUGUGAACUUGUUCCGAGCUAAAUCGGAGUCUAACCAAAUGAAGAACAUAAUUCAGCAGGAA